ACGGUGAUGCGCCAUGAAGCCCAUCACGUUCGAGAACUUGCGCCGCCUCGUCGGUGGCGGCCGCAAGAGCAAGAAGGACCGCGCCGAGUCGUCUUUCAAGCGCAGCGAUUCCUUCAAGCGCAUUUCCAUCAAGAGGAAUUACCUGGAACGCGGAGGAGGGAAGGCCAAACAAGCUGCCAAGGCGGCGGCCGCCGCCGCCACGGCGUCUGCCGUAGGGGGCGGUGCGGAAUCUGCCGCGCAACCGGAACCGGCCUCGCUGGCGGCGGAGACCACCAGCAAGUUGGUGACGAUAGCCGACGAGGAACCGGACUCAAUGGUGAUCGGCUACAAUCAGUGGAUUCGUGGUAUGCGCGACGGCGGUGCGUCAACGGCUGAAGGCAGCGGAAAGUUGCGGAUCUCGGUAGAACCGGCGCCAUCCACGGCUGCCUCCCGACGUCCGCCGACGCCACCCCCGCGUCUCACGAAAGAUUCUGGCUCGGUGGAGAUCUUACGUUUCGAGCGUUCUCCCGUGUACUCGCGGAGGCAACCGCGCUGUUUCCGAGGUGACGAUUUGGGACCUAGUGCGAGUGCUAGUGUGGGCAGCAGUCGGCCGGACUCUGCGCUUAGCGUCAGCCUCGGACGGGUAUGGAUGGACGCGCCCCUCGCAAUGGCUCCGCGCAGCCUCGAGUUACCGCGUCCGUCGCCGACAUCGUCGUCUGGUGGCGCCUUGGAUGGUGGUGCUGGCAAAAGAGCACAUCAUUCCCUCGACUCGGCGCUAAAGGAUCACCAUCGUUUUCAACCACGCACCAUUUCACCCGCCGUGUCUUCUAGUAAGGAUUCUGGUUUCUCAUUUUCCAAUCCGAGACUCAGUGACGCUCCACUACCUUCUCCGCCACCGUUUAGUCCCCCAUCCAGUGGCGGAGGCUUCUUCCGCAAGAAGAAGCCUGCUGUUGCGAAACCGAAACCUAGUGUGAGUCGCGAUGGCUACUUCAAGAGGACCAGUGGUGCUAGCUGUUCUGUGAGACGUAACAGCAGCCGCAAGAGGAAAAGCGGUGGUGGAGGACAGCGCCGUAAGGGACAGCAGUCGAAUACAGCGCGAUCUGACAUGUAUCAGGUAGUUAUUAGCCGACCCCCUCGCUCACUGGCGGCGCUCAAGCUCGAUCCCAUGAUCUUCGUACCGCCAGAGAGACGAAGCGCUCGCCGUAACAACCACAAACCAGUGAAAUACGAAGUGCGGGAAAUUCGCGACUACUGUGCGCCGCAUGACUCCACUCAUUAUCCCCUGACGCUCGGUGGACUGGAUGACGACGACGAUGACGAUGACGGACUGUACGAAAGUAUUCUGGGAGACUAUCAUGGUAAACAGUGUGACAGUGGAGAACGGCAGUACCCUCCACUGCCUCCAACCCGUGCAGCGACAGAUGGAGACUCCAAUGCGCGGUUAGGCGACGAACCAGCACAGAUGCCAUCCCCUGCACCGGGUCCAGUGAGGAGCAGUAGUUCUGGGGACAAAACUUCGCGUUCCUUGGGAGAAGGGGAUAAAUCGCGGCCAAUUUUACGACAUAGCAAAAGCCAUGAUGUGGGAGAAAUAAGUGCACGACCGAUCAAGAAAGGCGAACGCUCACGCAGUGUUGUUUCUCUUUUGUCUACAGAACAAUUAGAAAGACAACCCGCGAAUUACUUACCGGAACUUCCUGUGGCAGCUACGUGCAUUACCCUAACUGGCGACGCUGCAUCAGAGUCCGAUGAUGAACCACCUACGCCCCCCGUGCGAGUGACAAGUGUGAAACAGAUUCAGUGUGUUACGGUAGUGGAAAAUAGCGAGUCAGAAGAAACAUCGGAAGAAGAGACGUAUGUCCCAUUGGGCGUGUCUCCCGUGCCCCGGCGACGACCAGUGCGGAGGAAGAAGUCACAGCAGCUGCGUGGCAGGAACGCCAACGUCAAGUACUUGGCGAAGCCGGGCGUGCACCGUGCGGCCUCGACUCUUCGGCGUAGCCGCCGGGGACACGCAACCAAGAAGACGGGUGACAUCACUCAGAAGGGCUAUGAAAAGAAGCGGACGCGACUGCUUGCUCCCUAUGUCCCCAAACAGUCUCAGGCUCCAUCGUCCGGCCGGCAGCAGCCCCGCCAGCGCCGAACGCAGCGGCGUGUCACGCACAACGAGAAGAGAUACCACUCAGAGGUGCGGCAGGAGGCAGUCCAGCAGGCGCUGGCGGCGAUGCAGGGCCGGCCCAAGCCAUCACUGCCGAUGCCAUCCAAGCGAACCUCCGUCAUGGCCAAAAGCCCAGACCGGGACCGCGACCGGCAUGACUCUGCAUCAAGCUCUGAUGAAGACAGUGUGGUAAAUGAAGGUGGUGGCGACGUGCAGAGCACACCAGAGCGAGAGCGCGCAGUCGUGCCACGAUCCCAUCAGCAUGGGCACCAGCACCCGCAGGGGCAGCCACAACUGCAGUCGGACACCAGCAGCACAGGUUCUGCCCGCGAGACGCCGCCACAGCAGCGGGAACGCUCGCAACAGCCUCGUCACACCCGCCUUCCUAAUGGUGGCCCUGGGCUCACAGUUUGGGAUGAGCGUGAUGUCGCUGACAUCACUGAUGUCAUGCACAACAUGCGGCCCUAUUCCCAGCCACCUGAUGUUACCCACAACACAGCACAGUCUCGUCGUCUAACAGCUGCUGACAGAGUCAAUCGGUAUAACCAGUCGAGGCAGUCUUCAACAUCAGAUGACAAUAUGGGUACUGGGAGAUGGAAAGUGUCUGCAAAGAUCCAGCAACUCCUCAAUACACUCAAGAGGCCAAAGCGUCGACCUCUUCCAGAGUUCUAUGAAGAUGAUGAUAUAGAACUAGAAAUUGCAGCAAAUCCUAAAGAUCCAAAUGCGCCCAAACCAGAAGGCAGUUCGAUGACUUCUGCAAUUGGAGAGCAACUUGUGGUACCAUCUGGAUUACCAAGAAAUCUGGAGGCUGCCAUUCAAAGGUAUGGCUCUGCAUCAUACAAAGCUCCUGUAGCAACAGUUCUAGACCCCAAUGGAAAGCUGACCAUCACUCUGACUUAUGGAAAGCUUCUCAGUAGAUCACAGAAAAUUGCUUACACUUUGCUUAACAAGGCCUUUAGCAAAGGCGGCGAUACUUGUCUGAAGCCUGGUGACAGAAUUGCCCUUGUUUACCCAAAUAAUGAUCCUAUAAAUUUCAUUUGUGCCUUUUAUGGGUGCUUGCAAGCUGGAAUUGUGCCAGUUCCAAUUGAAGUUCCUCUGACAAGACGGGAUGCGGGAUCGCAACAGAUAGGAUUCCUGCUAGGCAGCUGUGGCAUUCAGGUUGCAUUGACGUCCGAAGCAUGCCUAAAAGGUCUGCCAAAAACUGCCACUGGUGAAGUAGUGGCAUUUAAAGGUUGGCCCAAACUGCAGUGGUUUGUUACUGAACACUUAGCAAAGACACCAAAAGACUGGCUUCCCCCUCCAAGACUGACAGAUGACACGCCUGCAUAUAUAGAGUACACAACAGACAAAGAUGGUUCAGUCAUGGGUGUCACCGUUACCCGAACAGCUAUGCUGGCUCACUGCCGUACACUCACAAUGGCCUGCAGUUACACUGAAGGUGAAAACAUGGUGUGUGUCCUCGACUUCAAACGAGAAGUUGGACUGUGGCACAGUGUUCUCACAAGUGUUCUCAAUGGCAUGCAUGUGAUUUUUAUACCAUAUGCACUCAUGAAAGUUAACCCAGCAUCAUGGAUGCAGAUGAUCACCAAAUAUAGAGCAAGUGUUGCAGUUGUAAAAUCUCGGGACCUGCACUGGGGCUUGUUAGCGACGAAAGACCAUAAAGAAGUGAGCUUGUCAUCACUCAGGUUGCUGUUAGUAGCAGAUGGGGCAAACCCAUGGUCGCUCUCCUCGUGUGACCAGUUUCUUGGUGUCUUCCAAGCCAAAGGCCUUCGUCCUGAUGCCAUCUGCCCAUGUGCUAGCUCCAGUGAAUGCCUCACAGUGUCUGUGCGAAGACCUGGCAGAGCUGGAGUAAAUGCUACUGGUAGAGGAGUUUUGUCAAUGUCGGGUCUCAGUUAUGGCGUCGUUCGUGUUGAUCAAGAAAAUUCACUGACCUCUUUGACGUUGCAAGACUGUGGUCAGGUCAUGCCUGGCAGUGUGAUUGUGGUUGUGAAAAUGGAUGGACCAUCGUACCUGUGUAAGACUGAUGAAGUAGGUGAGAUUUGUGUGAAUUCAAGUGCAACUGGCAGCCAGUACUGGGGACUGCAAGGUCUGACGAACAGCACGUUCAGAGUGCAGCCUCUCCACAGUGACAGCAAGCCGAUUGGGGAAGCCGAAUAUGUUCGGAGUGGCCUUCUUGGAUUUCUUGGGCCUGGUGGUCUUGUGUUUGUCUGUGGUUCUCGAGAUGGCUUGAUGACAGUGACAGGAAGAAAACAUAAUGCAGAUGAUAUUAUUGCAACAGUGCUGGCUGUAGAACCAAUGAAAUUUAUUUACCGUGGUCGUAUCGCUGUCUUCAGUAUCAGAGUGUUACGGGAUGAACGAAUAUGUGUGAUAGCAGAACAACGACCUGACUGCAGUGAAGAGGAGAGUUUCCAAUGGAUGUCACGGGUUCUCCAGGCAGUUGACUCAAUUCAUCAAGUUGGCAUCUAUUGUCUGGCUCUUGUGCCACCAAACUACUUACCUAAGACACCUCUUGGUGGAAUUCAUCUCUCAGAAACAAAGCGUCGGUUCUUAGAGGGAACUCUUCAUCCAGCUAAUGUGCUACUUUGCCCGCACACUUGUGUCACAAAUCUGCCCAAACCUCGUGAGAUACAUUCAGACGUUGGGCCUGCCUCUGUCAUGGUAGGCAACAUAGUGCAAGGCAAUCGGCUUGCAUCUGCCCAAGGAAGAGACAUGGGAAUUGUGGAUGAGGAAUCUGACUCAGCAAGGAAGUACCAAUUCAUAUCAGAAAUUCUGAAGUGGAGGGCACAGAGCACAGCUGACCAUGUUAUAUUUACAUUGCUCAAUAGUAAAGGAACUGUAGCAGUCACACUUUCCUGCUCACAACUACAUAAGAAAGCUGAAAGGGUUGGCAACCUUUUACUCGAGAAAGGAAAGAUCAAUACAGGCGAUCAUGUGGCACUCAUCUUCCCACCUGGAAUUGAUCUCAUUUGUGCAUUCUAUGGUUGCCUUUAUGUUGGUGCUGUGCCAGUAACAAUAAGACCACCACAUCCUCAAAAUUUGCAGACUACACUUCCUACUGUGAGAAUGAUUGUUGACGUCAGCAAAUCUGUUCUUGUUUUAUCCAAUCAGAAUGUAAUAAAGCUUCUAAAAUCCAAGGAAGCAAGUAAUGUGGUGGAUAUAAAGUCUUGGCCUAUCACACUUGACACAGAUGACAUGCCAAAGAAGAAGCUGCCUACAAUGUAUCGGGCACCAACUGCAGAAAUGCUGGCUUACCUAGAUUUCAGUGUUUCAACAACGGGCAUGCUAGCUGGCAUUAAGAUGUCUCAUGCUGCAGUGACAUCACUUUGUAGAUCAAUGAAGCUAGCCUGUGAACUCUAUCCUUCUCGUCAUAUUGCGUUGUGCCUUGAUCCUUACUGUGGUCUUGGAUUUGCACUGUGGUGCCUAAGCAGUAUUUAUUCUGGACAUCACUCAAUUCUAAUUCCUCCAUCAGAAGUGGAAGUGAAUCCUGCACUUUGGCUCUCUGCUGUCAGUCAAUACAGAGUGCGUGACACUUUUUGUUCAUAUGGUGUUAUGGAAUUGUGUACCAAGGGCCUGGGUACAUCAGUGAACCAACUAAAGCAGCGUGGUAUCAAUCUUGGAUGUGUGCGGACAUGUGUAGUAGUUGCAGAAGAACGUCCACGUAUUUCACUUACUACCAGUUUUUCUAAACUUUUUUCAGCAUUAGGGCUCAGUCCACGUGCAGUAUCCACUAGUUUUGGAUGUCGUGUGAACGUUGCCAUUUGUUUACAGGGUGCAUCUAGUCCAGAGCCAUCAACAGUUUAUGUUGACCUACGAGCACUAAGAAAUGAUAGGGUCUCUCUAGUAGAGAGAGGGAGUCCUCAUUCCCUGUGCUUGAUGGAAUCGGGUAAACUGUUGCCUGGAGUAAAAGUGAUAAUUGCCAACCCAGAAACAAAGGGUCAGUGUGGUGAUUCCCAUCUUGGAGAGAUUUGGGUGCAGUCCAGCCACAAUGCAAGUGGGUACUUCACAAUUUAUGGAGAUGAGAGCGACUACGCAGACCAUUUCAAUGCUCGUUUGGUGACAGGCACCACAGGGGAGACAUAUGCCCGUACUGGAUAUCUCGGCUUCCUAAGGAGAACAGAGUGCACUGGUCAGCAGCAGACAAGCACAGUGAUCGGAAGCAGUAUCGGAGAACAGACCUCAGCAGUGUUGGGCGCAGGAGGUGAGGGCUGUGACUCCCCUGCUCCUACACAGCCCCUGCUGGAUGCUCCAGAGUUACAUGAUGCUGUGUUUGUGGUUGGUGCACUUGACGAGACUAUUAUGUUAAGAGGAAUGCGGUAUCACCCUAUAGACAUAGAAAAUAGUGUCAUGCGAUGCCAUAAAAAGAUUGCUGAAUGUGCUGUAUUCACAUGGACAAAUUUACUGGUGGUGGUGGUUGAACUGGAUGGGAAUGAAAAUGAAGCUCUCGAUCUUGUUCCUCUCGUUACAAAUACUGUUCUGGAGGAACACCAUCUUGUUGUCGGAGUAGUGGUUGUUGUUGAUCCAGGUGUAGUGCCAAUUAACUCCCGUGGAGAGAAACAGCGCAUGCAUCUUAGAGAUGGCUUCCUUGCUGAUCAACUAGACCCCAUAUAUGUAGCAUACAAUAUGUGAUGAGGUUCAGUGGUCUGUAGACCAUUCCUGUGGAACUGUGAGACUGGCCAUACCUUGAGAAAUUAUUCAGUUGUUGUGUGCGUCACAAUUAGUCUGUGUAUUCAAGAAUACUUGUCAUGACGACAGAUUUGAAGACAUUAGAAGUGUGUGAAAUAUUUUGAUGCCUAGUAUGAAUUUAUAACAGAAACAGUGUGACAUUGUAUGUUGCCACUUUCCGGCAAAGGUGGCAGACAUCGACUAUAUUGUGCC